AUGUCUUUUAAGUUUCUGUUUAGGCCGCAAUUCGUGAGAUUUAAUUGUACUUCCCCUAAGAUCAUUGCUAAAGACGUGACAAAGUACGGUAUAACGCUUCAAAUCCAACAAGGAACCGAUAUCAAGAAACAGUAUCUGGACCAUUUUCUACUAAGAGAUGCAAGUCAGAGCCCUACAUCUGUUGAUACCGUUUCAGGCCAGAAAUUGUUCACCAUGGGGUCGCUUUUGAACCAUCCUUCAGGUCCGAUAAGGCCGCAACUUGCUGAUAUUGUACAGGAUGGAGCAGCGCUAGAAGUGCAUUGGAGCGAUGGGGACCAAUUCACGUAUACCAGCAAGUACCUAGAAAGUUUGUAUGACGAUAGCGUGAGCAUAAAGAAGUUCGAGCCCGAGAUUUGGAACAAAGACGCGCCCUUAUCGCUAUCUAAGAUCAGCGUCGAUUUCCACUCGUAUAUGGAUCCUCAUGACGAAACACAUCUUUACGAGAUGAUGAAAGUGUUGGAUCGGUAUGGAAUAGCGUUGAUAACCAAUAUUCCCAACGAGGCAAUUACUAAUUAUACCGAUUGGUACGUUCAAAUGAUUUGUGAACGGAUUGGCCAUGUGCGAACCACGUUUUAUGGCGAGCUAUUUGACGUGAAGAACCUUGAAACUCAGGCAAACAACAUUGCAUACACGAGCAAACCGCUCCCAUUGCAUAUGGAUUUGUUGUACUUGGAGAACGUGCCGGGCUGGCAGUUGUUGCACUGCAUUAAAAACAGCAAGGACAGUGGACAAAAUUACUUUGCAGACACAUUAGCUGCGUUGCAGCACAUCAAGAGCGUCGACGAUAGUGUUCUGAAAGCCUUAGAGCAAAUACCACUUUCUUACCACUACAGGAGAGAUGACAAGCGGUACUAUCAGCGGAGACCUUUGGUAGAACAUAAGAAACAUGAAACAGUGAUUAAUUACUCCCCACCGUUCCAGGGUCCUGUGAACCUUACCGAAGUGGACUUGAGCUCUAGCUCUGAGAAGCAAACAUUGGAGAAGUUCAAAAAGGGGUUAGCUAUGUUUGAAAACUACAUAAAUGACCCUCAAAACCAGUUCCAGAUCAUGCUUCCUGAGAACUCUUGCGUGAUAUUUCACAACCGAAGGGUUCUUCACGCCAGAAAAGCGUUUGAGGGCGAGCGUUGGCUCAAGGGAUGCUAUUUGGACGCAGACACGUUUUCCUCAAGACUCACCGCACUCUAUGAGAAGUUUGGCGAAGAGUGA